UGUUUGUGAGAUUUUGAGGUUAGGGAGAGCAGAACCGGCUUGACUUGAUUUUUUCCCCAGUAUUUUAUCACACUAUUGUAUUUCUUAUUAUACAGUUUAUCCAAAAGACCUAUCGCUAUUAUUUGAGUAUAUCGUUAUUGAUAUAUCGUUCAUCUUAGUGCAAAAAUGAGCCAUUCCAAUCAGAGUUAUACUAAUGUGGGCACGCUCUACAUGAGCCAUCUGGACCCAUACAUGGAUGACCAGUUUCUUUUCCGAGCGUUCUCCUAUUUCAGUGAAGUACCCAAAUAUAUCAAGGUGGUGAACAAAUAUGGAGAUGGUAGUGGAUACUGUUUCAUCAAUUUCCCAACAGAGAAGUCUGCUCUAGCUUGCAUGCACAAAUGCAAUGGAAAAAUUAUUCCUAGUUCCAGUCCGCCAGCAAGGUUUCGACUCUCAUACUCAAAUGCACGGCCCUCCCCCUCUGAGAAGGAUCUCUCUGUUUGGGUUGGUGACUUGUCUACAGAUGUUGAUGAUUACCAACUGUUCAAAGCCUUCUCUGCUAAGUACCAUUCACUUCGCCUGGCAAAAGUUGUUGUCGAUAAUAGUGGUCACAGCAAAGGAUAUGGUUUUCUAAAAUUUGGAAGUGAAGAAGAAAUGAAACACUGUCUCCAAAACAUGAAUGGCUACACUGGCCUCGGCUCUAAAGCUGUCAAAGUGAGUUCGGCUGUGCCCAAAGGUAGUCGAGGAUCAAGCACUCCCACUCCAGGGUCAAAUUCUUCACACUCAAGGCAUGAAAUUACUCCACCAGAUUAUUGGAAGAAUUAUUUAGGAUGGAGCAAAAAGUAUUUCGAUCCUAUGUCCACUGCUUUGCACACAAUCAGGAUGAGUUCUGCUGUAUUUGAUAAUCGUUCAAAGGGCUCACGGUACGAUGAUCUGGAACCAAUCGAUCACACUCUAACUUUUGAUACAAAUCUAUCCAACCUUGAAUUGAUCGAGCGUGACUACUGUUUUUGGGAUGCACUGGAAGCAUCAAAGUGGCUUCCAAUGGAGAAAACAGAAGGCUAAUUGUCGUAAUAAUUGCUGGUUUUUGAAUUGUCAAUAAGUUUCUUGUAAUCUAUCAUGAAACUUACUUGCAUCGUAUAGUCUUUUUCGAAAGUCCGAUGUAAAGUUUUCUUGUGGGUAAGCUUUGCUAAGUCGAGAAAAUGUUUACCAUAAAUAAGGCCUUUUGAAUCAACUCAGGUAUUUGCAUUUUACAGACCACUGUAAUGAAAAUUCUCUUCCUGAGUCGGUAGUGUUAACAUCAAAUAAGUUAACGCACUUCAAGAGUGCGACUGAAGGUCCGCCAUCUUGAUUCUUGCAUUUACUUUUAACACUAAACUGAAGAUAGCUGAUCUUCUGCUGCUCUCUUAAAGUGUGAAAAAUUAUUUGGCAUGGAUUUUAGAUAUUCUGAGCCUAAGUAUCCUGAAAAGAGAAAUGAAUCCCUCUUUUUAGAAUUCAAAACCUAAUAUUUUAAGAUAAUAGUGUCAUGAAGCAAAAGUAAAUCAUACUUUUACAGUCGCAAGAAUCUAGUAAGACUGGAAAUAAUGAUGUAAGGCGUAGAUAAAGAACUAAACUUCCGCAAAUCAUGAAGUUUCAAAGAUACUCCAGAUUUUGCGAUCAAAAUUCUGAUUUUCCUUUCCCCUAAAAAUUGAAGGAUCCUCAUCAUGUCAGGAUAUUGGUGACUCAACUUGUAACAGCCUCCUGGCUGAUCAGAAAAUAAUGCAAUUGGAAACUAUGAAUUUGAAUUUCCAUUUAAAUGACCAUAGAAUGAAGAGUAGAUACUCAUGUAAAAUAAGGACAGAAAUUUUAUCUAUAACAUCUUGGUUUUGUGCUUAACUUCCUCUUUACGAAAGUGUAAAAAUAAACUGAUCAAGGCAUAGUUCUACAUCACUUAAUAGUUUCACCCUCCUGACAAAGGAGAACCUUUAAUUCUUUGUGAGAGAAUUUUAGAGCUUAACUACCAAAUUUUCUGGUUGGAAUGACUUUUUUGGUUUUAAAAUAAUAUUUUAUAUGUAACUCAAAAUCUUCACCACCUGUUGAACUGUAACCAGAGGUGAUAGAAGCAGGGUUUAUUUAAUCCUAUGGAAAUGGACAAAUGAAUAAAAAAGUUUUUUCCUAA